AUGCCACCUUUAACAUUAUACAAAUUUAUAGAUGGAAGAACAAGUACUAAUAAUUUAACCUUAAUAAAAUACGAAGAAUUAAUACAAGCAGACGAAGAAGAGUCUACUGUAAAAAUAUGGUGUGAUAAACGAGUGAAAAUAAAAAAAUUAAAAGAUAUUAGUAAAUGCGAUGAUAGUAAUAUUAAAAGAUUCGAGAUUGAAGUUAAACAAUUUGAUCACCCAAACUUGCUUAAAGUAUUUGGUCUUACAUAUGAUGAAAACGAUUAUUGUUAUUAUUUAAUUACAGAAAUUGCUAAUAACGGUGACUUACGCAAUUAUCUUAAGCAAAAAUCUUUAUCGAAUGAUCCACUAGAUUGGAAUAGAAAAUUAAACUUAAUACGCCAAGUGGUCGAUGGCUUGAAGUACCUUCAUGAAAGAUCUAUUGUUCAUACGGAAUUGCACCCGUCUAAUAUUUUCGUUCACGAUGGAAUCCCCAAAAUAACAAAUAUUGGGAUGUCUAAAAUUCGCACCCCUUAUAACCUUUCUUUUACUCAAUAUACGCCUCCUGAGAUAUGUAAUGAUGGUGUUGAGCCUUUUCGAGAUAAUUAUAAUGUUUCUCUAGCGUUUGAAAUAAUUAAUGGUACACGUGAAUCAUCCAAAAAUGGAACUCCGCGUGAAUUCAUUCAUCUUUAUGAAAAAUGUUGGGACCACAAUCCUGAUAGGCGACCUAACUGUUUAGAAAUCCUUAACGAACUAGAAAUUGUCGAUAAACGUGAAAAAGUCAAUGGAUUCAGAAAUUAUGAAACUACUAGUGAACUAGACAUUAGAGUUCUAGAAAGAGAAAAAGGGUUGCAAAAAGAAUUUAUUGAGACCUUUGGUUUAAACAAAGCUGGAAAUUUAGUUGGUCACAAUUUUAUUCUUGGAACAAAAACAAUACUUAGUAAUCUUGGGGAUUUAGACAUGUUUUUUUUGAAAGAUGAACCAGAUAUUUUUGUCUCAGGAGAUCACACAAGUUCAUUUGACGAUAAUGCAAAGUUGUAUGUCCCGAUUGCAUAUGUACUAUAUAAAAGCGAUGUGGAUAAUGUGGAUGAACAAUUUAUUUUAGAUGUCAAUAAUGCACUUAAUAGUUUAGAUGACAAUGAGAAAAAAGAAAAAUUAAAUAUGAUACUUAACGAAUGGGGUAACUUUGUAGUUUCUGAAGUCGUUAUAGGUGGUGCUAUACUGAUAAAAAAUUGGUCAUCAAUUAGUGAUGAAAAUAAAUCACGCCUAAUGACUUAUAUCCAAUGGGGAAUAGAUUAUGCAAAAGGUGGAAAAUCUCCAAUCUUUAGCAAGGUCUCACUUAAUAAUUUUCCUCAAUUAGAAACUUCGAAAAAGGUUUUAAAAACUGUUGGUGAACUAUAUGAUUGGCUAAAAGAAAUUUACAAUUAUCGAAAUCUGGAGAUUAUCUCUUAUGAAAAAUUUAAGCAGUCAUAUCAGUUACUGCCGAAUAAUUUAAUCGAACAAUUUCCUGCUAUUGAGUCUACAAAUAACCCUUCCUUAAGAAUGAUUCCACAAAUAUCACCAACUCAAUAUGAACAAAAAAAAUUCUCCGAAUGGAUUAACGUACUAAAAAACCCAUCAAAACAUUCACUAUUGUGUGAUUGGAUUCAUGAACUGUCUUUGGAACAUGGUAUAAUCUUAAAACUUCCGUAUUUAGUAUCUAGCGAAAAUGCAUGUCUUAAAUUUUCUAAAGAACCUGAAAUAACAGAAAUGAAUGAGGUUAUUCUUUUGUUAGAACAACCUCAAACACAACAAGAAGCAUAUUUGCUAGAUAAUAGUAUAAAAGAGAGCAAUCAUUUAAAGUUCAAAGAUAUUCCUUUUUUUGAUCAUAAUUUAGCAAAGAAACCCUCUAAAAAGAUUUAUUGUCAGAUUAUUGUUAAGUUGGCAAGGAUUUCUUUUGAGUUAGCAAACAUUGAACCUAUAGAACAAGUUUCAAAUAUGGUGAAUAUUUCUCUUGAAAGUUGCGAACCAUAUAAAAAUCUUUACGAACUUUUUAGUAAUCAUUAUGGACAUUUGGUUCCUAAAACUCUAAUUUUGGGUGCAAAGUUAUCAAUUGAGCAUGAUAUUUCUCAAAUCAUCAUCAAUGAAAAGAGGCGUGAGUUGAAUAGUUUUGAUGCAUUAAAUAUUAAAAAUAUUUUAUCGAAAUGGGAUGAAAAAUAUAAACUUAUCAACACGAAACUUUUAAUGAGCAAUGGAGAAAUUAUUAAACGCGACUAUAUUGAAGAUUGGUUAAAUACUCUUAUAGAUAAUCCUAAAAAUUGGAAGAUUGUAUCAUAUGAAGAUUGGACUCCAAUGUAUAAAAUUUCGAAACAAACACAACGUAAAAUUAUUGAUGAAAUUUUAAGUGAUGAAUAUCGUAUUGUAAUUAGUGGAAAAGAAUCUUUACAAUGGGACGAUCAAACUUAUGUAUCUAUAAAAUUUCCUGGUCCUGUCGAUAAAAACUAUCAGAUUUAUGGAAGAGUUGCUAAGAAGAAUAUAUUUGGAAUUUGGGAAAGUAUUGACGAUGUGAAUGUUGGUUUUAAUCAUGCUAAUGAAUAUAGUUGUUCUGCAAUCUUACACAAAAAUAAAGAUAUAAGGUUGAAAUAUAAUAAUUUAAAGAUUUUUUGGUUCGUGGUUUCUAAGCAAAGAGGGUAUUAUACUAAUAAAUAUCGAAGUAUUCAAAUCGCUCAUGGAAAACAAAAUAUCAGUAAUUCUCAAAUAUCUUUAGAUUCCAACAAUCUUUAUACGAAUUGUAUUUUAGUAACAUCUUUUAUUUCCCAACCCUUAAAAAACCCACCAUUCUAUGAAAUUAACCUUAAAUAUUGGACGACCACAACAGUUAACAUGGAAAUUAUAAAGAAACAAAAUAGUGGCAGGCAUGGGAAAACAUCGGAUCCAUAUCCUCAAGAAACAGCGAUUCAAUGGUGUAUUAUUUACACAAAUAUAGAUGAAUUGGUGAAUAACAAUAAAUCAUUUCCAUGGAACGUAUUUGGAAUUACCCUUGAUGAAUCAACUAAGAAAUGA